UAUCUACAAAGGGGUGAAUGUAUUUGUAUUUUUACUGUAGCUCUUAGACCGCAGAAUGCCAUCCUAGUAGCGAACAAGAGCGUAUUACAGGCAGUAGCGAGCAACAUAGCGCUAGUUAGCUAUGCUGAACGGAAACGCCGUCCCCGUUUGUAGUGCCUGGAAGAGGCUACUGUUGUCGUCUGGCAGCUAGGCGAGAAUUCACACAGCCAGCCAGCUGAAAUGAAAUAAGAAAUUUGUCGACAUUUAUGGUUUCUAUAGAGUACAAUUUUAUAUAUUGUCAACCCCACAUAUCGCCGAUUAAAAUGAAAAAAGGAACGCUCUAUUGGGCUUAACCAUUUGGACGGAGCGGGGUCUGCUCCCCAUCGUCCUCCUGACCCCUUGACCCCCCAACCCCCACCCCGGACAGCGUAACCAUGACGACAGGGGAGUGUUGCCACCUUCCGGGUUCCCUGUGUGACUGCACUGGUAAUGCUGCCCUCUCCAAAAGCGUGGAGGAUUCAGACAACUGCAGGGCUCAGUAUGUCACCCAGGUCACAGCCAAAGAUGGACGGCUGCUCUCCACCAUCAUCAAACCCCUGAGCACACAAAGUGAUGGGCCAAUAUGCCGGAUCUGCCACGAGGGGGCCAACGGCGAGGGGCUCCUGUCCCCCUGUGAUUGCACAGGGACUCUGGGCACUGUCCACAAGAGCUGCUUGGAGAAGUGGCUGUCCUCCUCCAACACCAGCUACUGUGAGCUGUGCCACACAGAGUUCACGAUUGAGCGCAGGCCCAGGCCCCUCACAGAGUGGCUUAGGGACCCGGGCCCCCGUAACGAGAAGCGCACAUUGUUCUGUGACAUGGUGUGCUUCCUGUUUAUCACGCCCCUUGCGGCCAUCUCCGGCUGGCUGUGUCUGAGGGGUGCCCAGGACCACCUGCACUUCAACAGUAGACUGGAGGCAGUGGGCCUAAUCGCCCUCACCAUUGCCCUCUUUACCAUCUAUGUCCUCUGGACUCUGGUGUCAUUCCGCUACCACUGUCAGCUUUACUCUGAGUGGAGACGAACCAAUCAGAAAGUACGCCUGCUCCUUCCAGACGGAAAGGGGGCGUUUUCAACCCAGCAUUCCUUGCUCUCCACCAAGCUGCUCAAAAAGACAGCAGAUGAGACCAUAGUUUGAGGUCAAAGGUGGGAAGAUUGAAGUUGGCGUUUUUCUUCGUGUGCUGGAGGUUCUUGGCAAAAGACCACAUCUCCAACCAGAGUUCUAGCACUUGUGGAUGCAUUUUUUUCCUUUUCUAUUUAAAUCCUUUUUAACUGUGUGUAUCAUCUUUAUCAGCACUUCAUUUUCCACCUCUGUUUUUUGUUUAUUCAUGUGCGCCUCCAAUGGUGUACCGUGGAUCUGGUGAAACCAGUAUGAUGUUUGGGAAGGUUUGGUUAAGGGCAGUUGGAUGCUGCUGUGCCCUGCAAUGAAACAACCAAGUAUUGGACAGACAGCUGCUAAAGCUUUAAGACAAAACUCUGACUUUUUCUCUUCACUAUCUCCAGUUCUCCACCGACUCUAACAGUUUAGAAUGGAUCUAUGACCCUGGUCUAACUAAAGCAUUUUAUUCAGUGGUUUCUUUACCCCAGAGCACAGAAGGUUAAACAUUUGAAUUCUGUAUACCUGCUGUUGGCUAUUCAGCUGUAGGAUAAAAAAAAAUGUUGACACAAGACAGUUGAUUUUCUUCAGAUGACUCCAUCUGUUUUCCCCCCUGGUGUGAGCAGAAAGGCCAUUAUUAAAGAUUGAGAUUGUGCAAUAAAACACUGGAUGCGUCCUCUCACCGUACAUGAUGAGAGCGCUACCAAAACACACAGUUUUGCAUGCAUGCAAUGUAACUUUUUUUAUUUUCUGGGAAAUGGUCUAACUUUUUUACUUUAAUGGAUUUAAAGAGAGGUUGGUUGAACUCCCAGUGAUCUGGUGUUACUAGUUAGUAUGUUGAUCAUGGCGUUCUUGCUAGGAAUAUGCACAGUUCUUUCAUAGUAUCAGCACUUAAUGAAAACUGUUUAAAUAGAUUGGAUGGUUGGAUGUAUGUCUAGAUGCCACUAAUGGAAAACUUUAACAAACAAGAUUCCUCCGACAAGUAGUUCAAAUGUUUUGUGAUUGAUAAAAAUGAAGGCUUACCUUUCCAGGACAAUAUUAGAGUAGUGCAAGGUAAAAUUUAAACCUGCUGGAAAUCAGGGGUUAUUGCUUUCCGAAGACAAAAGCCAAUGAAAGGCUGUUACUUGUUGUUUUUAUGUAUAUUAUGUGUGUCUCUGUGUAAUCACAACAAUAGCUAGUAAUCGCAGCAGCAACAGCUUAGAUUGGUUGGUUGAUGUUACUUCAGGUUUUGUAGCAGUUGUAUUCUCUUUCUGACAUGCCGGCAACCAGACUCAGACAGUUAAAGGUCUAUAAAUUCAGACUGUCCUGACAAACCAGUGUCUGGUGCCAUACAAGUGUUACCAUACAUCUACCUGAGAUUUGAAACGCACGAGGUGACCUCUGGAUAACAGAGAGAUAUGCAAAACUGCAGAUUCAUAGGGCUGGCCAUGGCUUGGUGAAUUUGUUGACUUCACUAUCAGCUGUUUGAAUCUUUUAAGAAUAUUCAUGGGCAUUUGGUUUGAGUUCCUUUGUUUUAUUUGUUUCUCUCAUUUAUACCGUUUCUUCGUGAGUUUUAUAAACACUAUGUUCCCCUGUUGGUAUUACAUGUGUUGUUCAGUAUAGUGCCCAAGAUGGAGCGGAAAGGUAUUGGCUGUGUGUACAUAUCCUCCUCACUAGGAAACUCCCAUUAUACUGCACAGAAACCUGGCUUAGAUUUGACACCUACUUAUUUCAGUAAUAGCAGAUUUUUUUCAAUCACUUGGCCAUCAUCUUACUGUGUAAAGUUACAGGGUCAACAGAACCUCUAGGCUUCAUGCAUUGAUUCCACUAAAUACCUAAAAUGCUUUAGAGUGGGACAGCUAUCCAGUGGGAGACUUAUGAAGCUGGGAGAAUCCUAGUGGGGAGAGAAGCCUUCUGAAUUCAGAUUAAACCUGAAAAGAUAAAUAGGAAAAGAGGAAGUCAUCUUCUGAACUUUAGCUGGAUAGAUGGACACAAGUCAGCCCAGUUCUAUGGUGUCCUCUUGGGAAAAGAGAAAUGUAACCACCUGUUUAUUUUUGUUGAAGUGAAGAUUUGUCACUCUAAAGAAAUCCUCUUGUAUGGACAUUGUUUUUAUGUUGUUUAAAGGUAAUGUUGUGCAAUAGUAAUAUAAGAGCGUAGUAUGAGGUUAUUUUACUGUACGCCAAUAUGGGUGGCAGGUUGGAAAAGCAUUGAUGUAGUCUGGGUACCAGUCUCUUUACCUAACGUAACUCUCCUUGCCACGGCCAGUGGUUGGCACAUGACAUGUAAAACACAGAGGGGACGGUAAGCUCAAAGAGCCUGGUACCCAGCCUCGUGUUGAUGUUUCAGCAUGAGUUGUUAUCUGCAUUGUUAGCAAUGGGUCACUGCCUUGUCACAUGUUGUCUCUGAUUGGUUUGUUAACCUCCACUUGACAUUGGGAGCCAUGGAGACUAUUGUGUUGGGCGUGGUUACAGCCAGUGUGCAAUUUGAUAACUUUAUCAAUGCUUUUCUUUCCUAUAACCUUAACAGUGCAUAAGCAAAUAAUGAAAAUCAUGUUAAAGUUAGUGCUUACUAUAGAUCAUAGCAGUUUGCUCAGUUGUGCUGGCUGAGAGGGCCACAAUAGGCCAUUUUCUUUUGAUAUGCAAGUCUGAGAGUUGCUUGUAAUAUGCAACAGGGCUCCAAAUGAAAGUAGCUCAGAGUCUGGCCUUAUUAGACUGCAGUAUUAUAACUGAUCAGCUCAACUCAAACAAGUCCUUCUUUCCUAAGAAGUGUUGAUUCUUGUAUUUUAUAUAUCAAAUGGCACUUUCGCAAACCUAUAAUGGAAAUAAAUACUGGUUGUUAAUAUAGUCUCACAAUAAAGACUUGGAGGAAUGUAAAAAGCUGAUAUUUCUGAUAAUACCAUUUCUGUUGUUUGGAUAUCAGCUCCUCCUGAUCGUUUUUGAUUUAAAGAUAAAACAAAGAUUCCAGGGCAUUGUCAUGCUCAUAUGAAAAAUUAACAGCAUACCAGAUUGUUGGAUUUGUUUAUUGUUUUGUUAAUGUUUAAGUCUCUUGUUAAUUUUGCCACUGUUUUAAUAUAUCCAUAUUGUAUCCAUUAUAAUUUAUGUUUACAUUUAUUCAUUAAGCAAGUGAUUUUCAUCACUCUUAAACAUGGUUUUAAAUACUAAAUGGUUUAUGUUGUGCAAUGGAAAAAUGAAUUCUUCACCAAAAUAUGUUGCUGCUUGCAAAUCAGCCAAUAAUAUUGUGCAAAGCAAAUUUAAAAAAUGAAGCAAACAGUAUGGUUAAUCA